AUGGAGCAGAUUCUGACGGCCUUGGCUCAGAUGCAGGCGAAUGCCCCCGCAGCUUCGACCACAGCUCCACUACAGCUCAGCAACCCGAUCCUGCAGCAGCUUUUGUCCGAGGCAGCUCGACCCAAGCCUCAGUUUGAGGCUCAGGCUGUGUUGCCGCCAAAUAUUGCCCAGAUGAUUGCAGUGCAGCUGAAGAAAGAAAUGGAGGCAUCUGGGCAGGGCGUGCAGCAGCCGCAGCCGGAGAGCCAAGCUGUUGCUGCAGACAAGCAAAAGGCUCCUCGUGCAGAAAAGCAACAGGCUCCUGCUGCCAACGGCCCCGGUCCGAGCCGGAUGCCUGGCGUGGGGUCCGCGAAGGGGCCGGCUUCCGGCAGCAUGGUCCGAGAGUCUGACAUCAUGGAUGUAACGGGUGGAAAACCUUGGACCAAAGCUGAUGCGAAAACUAAGGUGGAGGACAAGCCGAAGCCAGAGAGAUCCGUGCUCUCGCUGUGCAAGAUCAUGACUUUCGAGUAUGUGGACAACCAGAUGGUCGAGGUGUAUGCUCGAGUGAUCAACAAGCCUGGCUUUAAAAGAAAAGCCCCGGAGGCCCCGGCAAAGCUGCCGGCAAAGGACGACCAGGAGCCUGCGUUUGAGGAGGAGACUACUGACGCAGACGAUGACAAGGACGCGCCCCAGAGCAGCAUGAAGCCGCCGGAGCCGAAUGGGCACCCACCGAAUGACGAUCGCAGCAAUCGGCAAAAGGAAGCGGAGGCCACCGACGACGUGGCCAAGCUGCACCGUGAGAGCGAGGAGGAGGCCCUCUCUCCCCGUCGCGGGGCAGAGAGGCCAAAGUCAAAGCCCCUUUCCAGGAAGAAGAAAAGGCGAUGUGCAGAAGAGACCGUGCCUACACCAAAGGUUACGCCGAAGCGGCUGAAAUUUUCGGAGCCAGAGCCAGAUGCAUCGGAGGACCCCGAGGAGGACGGCGAAGACGACGAUGAUCAGGAGGAGGAGGUUGAGGAGCCGGGCAGCGAGGAUGACGAUGUCUUCAAUGGCCCGUAUGCCCUGAAAGACAAGCCCAGAAAGCAGCUGAAGGCCAUCGAGGAUAAGCCGCCGCUGGCACUCGAGGAUGAAGCGAAGGAAGCAAGGCCGGCAGAAACUCCCCAGUCGUGUGGCCUGGAUUCCCUGCCUCGUGACCUUGGCAACAAGCUCAAGAAGCUCAGCGGCGAUCUUCUGGAGACUCUGACAGGCGACUUUGGAUCGUCUGAUGUGCCCCAUGUCAUUGCUAUCCUGGAUGGAGAGCAGAUUUAUAGCCUCGCGGACGCCUUUGACGUCCUCCUGGAUGUUGAAGGUGAACUUCCUGGCAUCCUUGGCGAAGAAUCCAAGGAUGCAGCGAGCAAACUGACGCUCCGAGGAAAGAAGAUCUUGAAGCGCUGGCCCCAGCUACUCAAGGCCAGACGCGGCUAUUCCGCAAUUCCGCGCAUUCCUGGCCUUUUGCAGCCUGUGCAGGCCAAGAAAGAGGAGAUGGGCGACUGA